AUGCAAUGCCUUCAAGAUGAGCUAAUGUCAGGCAAAGACGAGUGUUUUAUGAAGGUUAUCGAAUAUUUUGAGGCAAAAAACAGCCACUACUAUAAGAAGCUGCUCGACUUCUUUGGCUCCAACGAGUAUUUCCAAGAAUUUCGCACCUGCUAUGAAAAUUCGGACAGCCCUCCCGACGAUGAUCAAGCUCAAGGCCCGCUUUACGAACAGUUGUGUGCAAUCCUUGAAUUACGAGCGCUUUUAGCUUCAGAGGUUGAAGCUCUGCAGUGUCUAAAACAAGAAAUUGAAGAUUACCCUACUGAUUUUGACAUUCAGAAUAGGCUGACGAAGUCUCUUAAGGAACAACAACAGCUUGAACGGGAGCUCGAAUCUCUGAAAGAAUUAAACGAAAAGCUUCAGAUGGAAAACAAUGCAUUUAAUGCGAUUUUGGAAGAGGCAAAAAAAGACUUCAACGAGAAGCUCAUUGAAGCUAAUGAACGAGCAAAAAAGGCAGAAAAGGCUUUCGUCGAGCUAACAAGACGACGAUCCGCAUUUCCAGCUCCAGAAUCUACCCUGUCAAGGUCACAGGCUAUCGAAAGUCCCUUGCCCAACGAUGAUUCUCAAAGGCAGUCCUCUUUGACUGUCCCGAAUGCCUUAGCAUCAAUAGCAUUUCCAUGCCGUUCUUCUCUGGAUAAAGUUCGUCGCAGCUCGCUGCGCUUCAAAGAGUACAGCACGCUCACGGCCUGUGAGGGUUUUGACUCACUGGACGAGGACUCCAGCGAUGAAAAGGAGGCCACCGAAGAGGGCGAGACGAAAAAUUCAACGUCUCAAAAGUCUGCUAGUUUGGAUGCCCAAACGAAAUCACCUGCCUUAGUUGCACCCCCUGUACCUAUGCUCCAAAUUCCGAGUGCCAUCGUCGAAACGCCCUCCCCCGACUCAAGUCCAGUUAAAAACCUCGCACCCAGCCACGACGCGUUCAUUGCUGGUUUGGUCCCGUCCAAGAGCAGCACUCCCAGAAAAUCCUUGCCAACGGGUCUGCCGACCCCUCGACAAACUGACACGUCCCCUCCGGAGCCAAUCAUGCCCAUCCCUGUAAUGCCUCCGCUAACCACCUCGGCGACUGCAACACCGCACGCCCACGGUGCUGAGGACACCAGCAGUGUCGUCGACAAGGAAGCCUACCUGCGGCUGUACGAUGAGGUUCUCGAGUUGCGCAGUGAGCUCGACAGGGUCCGCAGUAAGCCCACAGCUCACACGAGUCUCGUUCAGCAGCACUCUACCGUGGUCACGCAAUCCCAGAAUUUGGGUCUCACAACGCAACUCUGCGAUCUCCGUGAUCAGGUUUGCGCGCCACCGGAAGAGGCGAGCUUCGCGUCGCCAGCACCAGCCGCUGUUGGUGGCGUGACCAACCCCAUCCCCUUGUCGGACAACAAGCACUUCACUGACUGGUCGAUCUCCCUCGACCACACAAACGUCUCCUCUGUGCUGCUGGAGUCCGGAGAACGUCCGAAUCAAGACGGUGAAGAAGACGCCGCUCGUACUCCACGUGCCUCCGUGUGCCUGGUGGUGGAUGUUUCGGGAAGCGAGAAGAGGGUUGUGCGCUUUCCCGUGCCCAGCCAAGCCAACUCUCGGAGGAUAAUCUCGGCCGAGGUCACGUUUCGCACGCCCGAGGCAUCCACAACGAUCAGCUUCCACGUGGAGGAUGAAGACGUCGGCGACAGUGCGGACGAGUCUGUCACCUUCGAAACAGAAUGCGUAACGCCCCCCUCUCCUCUCUCGCGAUCCGAUCCACCGGCCGCGUUAAACUCCACCUCUUUCGGACAACAGGCAGAUCUGCCGUAUCGCUGUCUCAACUGCUCAUCAGAUAUCCCCUCUGGCGAUCCCAAUAACCCCGUACUUGUGCCUUCGCCCACAUCGACUCUGCGCGAAGUGAAUUUGGACUUUUCUGAAUCCAGACAAGCUUCGACACUCGAAUGCACCGAUACCGCGCGCUCUCAUGUGUUUGGUGGAACAGGAAUUGUGCAGACCAUCGAUGCGUCAGCCAAUGAAGCACUCGAGCGACGGGUAGUGCAAUUGUCAGAAGCCCUUGUCGGCGCUGCGUACGUGUGCGCGGAUCUGCAAAAACGCCUGUCCAGCCUCCAGUCAUCUGACGCCAACAGCGCCGCCUCCAUCGACUUUGAUGCUGAUGCUCUCAUUAACGGCGACGUCUCCGGCAUUUCGCCCGUUUUGCGCAAACUGGAUGCCGAAGUCGACCGAAUCGCCUCUAGCUUCACCCACCUGAGAGUCAAGCUGGCUUCGCAACCCUCCUACGAAGCCGAAAUUACCAAGUUGAAGGAAAAACUCGAGGAGGCUGAACGUCUCCUAGUCGAACGCCCCCCAAUCGACCCGCACACCACGAAGUUGCGCGUGGACGAGUUGCUUGAGGCGGAGCGUGCGCAACUGCAGCGCGAGUUGAACCAGCGCCUCGCCGACUGCGGGAGCACCCACGCCACUUCGGUGGCCGAGUUGGAGCGGGUGCAGGCCGACUUGUCGGGGAGGCUCGCGGCCGCCGAGAUCCGAGGCGUUCAGUUGGAGAGCGAACGGAACGCCGUGAUGCAGAAGCUAAGCGCCACCGAACGAUUUCUGAAUGAGCAACUGCAGGAGCGGGAACUGGAGCGUGAGGAGUUCCAGUCGGAGGUGGCGGCUCUUCGCAACGAAAUUAUUACCUUGAGGUUUGUUGGCAAUUGCGCCGUCUCCUACCUAUUUACACAAAUCUUGGCCUUCUCUCACGCACUUAACUUUACUGGGCGUUUUCGUCUCGCCUACCGUGAACGCGCAAACAUGGUUGUCAUGGUUUUUUCCAAAUCCAAGGUGCUGUCGCUUGAGCGGCAGCAGUCGUCGACGCCUACGCCGAGCAUCAGCCCGCGAGACCCAGUUGCCGCCUCCACCACCCGCACCGCAGUCCCGUCCACACCCUCGGUCUUCGGGUUUGACGAGUCCCUAGAGCAACGCACCGACAGCCACAGCGACGUGGACGACUCGCCCACCUUCGAACUCACCCCGACACCACGCGUUCUGGGCGACCUCCCAAAUGCGGGCACACUUUUCAAGCACAAUUGGCAUUGCGUAGCAGCGUUAGACGGAGGAGUAGGAAUAGGAGGCAGUGACAUCGGGAUGGGCCGGUCAAUAAGACGGGCCGUCUCAGCUUCCCCCGAGUUCCACCGUCGUCUCCGCUUCAACCUCCCCGACUCAACUUCCAGCGACGACAGCGACAGUCACUCCUCUCCUGAUGAGCGUGCCCACUCCAGACACCUCCUGUUCGCACACCACUUAGACGCGCUUGACUUCGAACUGAAUAACAUUGCUAAUUUGCGCUCGGAAAUCGUCAAGUCAGAAAAUCGACUGUGUGGGACACGGUCGUUAAGUGGAAUCUUGGCGUCCCGUCCUCACAGCGCCGGCGAUGCGGCCUUGCGUCAGCAGCUGGCCCAGCAGUCCCAAUUGCCCGUGCGGCUCUCCACCGCCUGCGUUGGCGGAUCCCCCGUGGAGCACGUGGACGUCUCGGUGUCCGCGCAGUCGUCCUCCCUCUCCGGUGGUUGCAGCACGUCGACGGAAUUCGACGGUGAAGGUGCCAACCUAGCCUCCGAGGAAGAGGAGGACGUGGAAACCACUACGCGAACCGCGGCUGCCCUGGGCGUCAUCACCACAACUGUCACCACGACGACACGCAAGAAGACCAAUUCCCAUGCCGUGCAGAAGCGAAGGAGCGGUUUAUCACGUCACUGCACCGCAAGUCCAACCGAACUGGGCAACAACGUUGGUCUAGAUGUCGAGAUGCGGCAUGUUGCGGAGAUGGAUAAAAUGCGUGAAACCCUGGCUCUUACUCAGUCCUCGUUAGCGGAGAAGUGUGCCGAAUUGGAUCUGCUUCGCAGUCAACUGAGUGCUCGCUCGCGUAGCACAAAAGAAGGCGUCGAGAAGCCCAACACAUCCGAUCAUCAACAGCAAUUUCAAUUCCCUCCCAACCGGCCUUGUGAAAGUGUGCUGAUUCAAACCGUGUCCAACGCGCCCCCCGAUCCUGGCGCCUGUUGGUCGUGCAACGCACUCCCUGUGACCUACGCAUCCGUCUGUGUGCAGACCCAGGAGGCGUCGUCGCGCGGAAGUCCUGCUUCACGGGAGUCGACCAUGUCCCCACCACCACCAUCUGCCGGUCACUCGAUUUCCUCUGGCUCGUCAAACGCCGAAAUUUCCGUCUCAACCCCGUCCACUGGCAGUGGGGUGUCUUCGGCGGCUGGCGAGGCUGACGACAAGGUGGAUGAGCAGAUCGUGGAGGAGGAGGAUCUCUGUCAACCGCUGGAACAGGUUCAUUCUUUCUCCAGUGAGAGUGAUCACCUUGUUGCUGACCUUGAAGAGGCCCAAUCAGAAAUUCAAGCGCUCAGGUCUGAAAUCGAUGGGCUUAUCAACUACCAGGACGACCUGCACAGGGACUUCGAACUGGUGCAGACCAUGCUGGAGGAGCGGCAGUCGGAGGUGGAGCGCCUUCAACAGGAGCUCCUAGUGGUGCCGGUCAGACUGCAGGCUGACUUCGAUGCCUCCAUUCGGAAGUUGCAAAAGAAAAUGAACGACAAGUGCGAAGUGGUGGAGGAACGCGACGAAGACCUCUACGUGCUCAACGAGGAGAAGGAGGCUCUGGCGAAUCGUGUUGCCGAGCUGGAGAAGGAACUAGAUGCCUUGCGCAUCAGCGCGACUCCUUCAACCCAAACAGAUGCCAAUCGUGAGGAGGCGGCCUCUCAAACCGACCCGCCCCUCUCCACCGUCGAUUCGGCCAUCCAGGUCGACUUCACGCGACCACCGCACACCGCGAAAACAGAUUCCUGUGGAGACACCGAUUGCGCUAGCGAGGAUGACUUGCCCUUCGAUGGGGACGUCAUUUCACCCCCGCAAAAUGCCGCCGUCGAAUCCGCUGCACCUCGUACUACCGAGGAGGUCAAGGCUGCUGUUGACCACUUGCAGGUCGAAAGUUGUCGCCUUUUGAGCUUAUCGUUGAAAGCAGUUGAUCAUCCAGAUGCCGCUGUGCAGCCAGACGACCCCACGGACUACAAGUCGCAGGUUAUUACUCGUCUAAUCGAGGCCAACAGAAUGCUCAAAUCUGCACUUGAGGAAGUCACCAAACAGAGCGAACAGACUUGCCAUUCACUCAGUCAAGCAGGAACACCAACAAGGGACGAGACUACGCCGAUGUCGGGAGCUAAUUUCUUGUCGAACAGACUCUACUCAGGCCUGCUGUCGGCUCUUCUUGCCGAUCGGAAGGCCACUCUGUCGCUCGUCACGUCGUCUACAAUCGAUCAGAUGUCGAACGCUGCUCUUGGCGGGUUUGUGCCGCAGUCAUCUUCCGGUAGACUCAAAGGCACUCCUUCGCUCGGCAUCGGUGACGUCAUGCAGGCACUGGCGGACUACGCCAACACGGAGGAGGAGCGAUGGAAUGUCCUAUCUUCGGCCCUGUCCUCUGAUCGCACGACCCUCCUGGCCGACGUGGACGCCUUGAACAAGCGCGAAGAGUUUCUCCUCGAUGAAGUCGCUCACCUGACUGAGGAACUGGCAGCUCGAGAUGGCGUGUUGGCCGAGAAAGCAUCCGCCAUGACUGCACUGUCGGCGCAAGUGGAGACGCUGGAGGCAGCAGUGUCGAGCCUCAGGAAGCAGCUUGAUGAAGCGAGGGCUGUCAGCGAGAACCAGCUCAACUUGUCAAGGCGCCAAAUUGACGAGGAGCGGGAACGAAUCGCCGAUCUAGAGGCCAAACUCGCCUCCUCCCAGGACGCCGUCAGUCGGGCAAGCGAACAAGUCCGCUCGCUCGAACGCGACCUCCAGAAAUCUUCCUCCGACGUGCGCUUGGAGCGGAACCGAAGCGAGCUAGCCGAAACCCGAAUUGCCCAGCUUGAGCAGGAAAUUAAGGCCUUGAAGCUGUCACACGUUCGGAAUGGUCCAAAGGUGAGCAUCAACGGUGGGGUGCCUCUCACAACCUCGGUUGUGAAAAAGGACGACUACUCAGCCAUCUCUCGUGUGUCCAACCAACUCGCGUCGCUUCGUCGUCAGGCCAUCCAGGCGGAAAAGUUGUCGCGCGACCUGCAUGCCUGCAACCAAGGUCUUCGCGUGUCCAUGGCCGAGGCCGAGCUCGCACUUUUGCCGGCCUGUCUGGACAAGGAGAAUGGCCACCUCUGUCUGGUCAACGGAAGCAACAGCGGCGGGGAGGAUGAGAGUCCCUCCGGGGAGUUUGGACAGCCUCUUCCCAAGCAGCUUACCGACUCGGGCUUCGCCGACGCCCCUGUCGAGAUCAGACGCCUCUACCUCACCUGCAUGCGUCUCGUUCGCCUCGUGUCUUCCACGGCCGGCCCCCUGUCCUCCUCCUCGUCGUCCUCCGACAGCCUGAACAAUCCCGCCGAACUCCUGAGACACGCCAUGCUCCGGGGCAAGCAGACGCCGUCUGGCCGACUGGACUACAUGGAGCACACCAGCCCCAUCGACGUUUACGCGUGCGUGUCAGAGAUCGAAGCCCAAGUACGCACCAUGGUGCCUGUUGGAGGUGCUGGCAGUGGUGGUGAUGCCUUCUCUGGUUCUCCCGCCGCCAACACGGCGCUUUCUCAGGCGAAACAGAUGAUUCUCAGUGGUGUGGCUCGUUUAGACUUGGAGUUGGCGAAGGUUGGAGCCACCGGCGAUGAUGUCUUGGGUUUCAGACCGCCCACCGAUAGCAAAUCGGUUCAGUGCUCGAUCGUCACCGACCAUCAGUCGUCAGGCGAUUCCCGGGCAGUACCCCUUGAAAAGUUCCGGCACAUGUCGGCGCGGUACCUGCGCAUGGAGUCGUAUCGGCGGGCGCUUGUCUACCAGAAGCAGUACCUGCUUCUCCUGCUGGGCGACUUCCAGCACUCGGUACAGCGGGUGACGGCGAGCCUCGGACAGGGCCUGCUGAUGGGCACCUCCAGCCGACAGGACGUCGAGGGCAACGACGUGGACGCGCAGGAGUGGCCUCUGGAAUCUCGCCCGGCGCUUGUUCGCUUCCGCGCGGCCGCCCGCUGUGUCAUGGUCAUCCACAGGGUAAAGCAGCUACGACUCAAGUGGCAACGCACGGGCAUUCGCAACCACGCCACACCCCUCUUUCCCAACUCCUCGGGCAGUCGCACGCAAGUCGCGAAUCCCACCGGCAUCGGUAACAGCACUCCCACAACCCUCGUGUCUGCAUCCCCCACCCAAGUCGAUCUCUUCAACCAACCAGUGGACUCACGUCUUUCCAAAACCACCUACUCUCCGCGAACAGGGUUUUCGAACUCCGAGUUGGAGCUGAGUCGACGGAACCACUCCACCCCCUUGGUCCUCCCCUCCUCCUCCUCCAACCACCACCGUCACCCCUACCCUCGAAGUGCCCAAGUGGAGGCCUCCAGCUCCUUCCAGCAGCACCACCGGGUCUCCACAUCGACGUCCUCCUCUGUGCGGCGUCCGUAG